AUGUCGGAUAAUCAGGAUGUAGUGAUUACAACUACGACUGAUGAAAAUAUAGAGCCAGUUCUAUCGGAAGAAUUACAGAAAGCCUAUAAUGCUCUGCCUUCAAAGUGUGCUGUAUCUUACUAUAAUCUUAGAGACAACACUGCUAAAGUAGCUUUUUUUGAAUCUAUAAUAGCAGUGCGAAAGGACGAACGUAAAAAGGA